AUGUCGAACACAAUACGUGUACUUACACCAGCUCUGCAAGAACUUGCUUUAGAAAAUUGUAAUGAAAAUCCAGACACCGUGGAAUGCCACAUUAGUGCACUGCAAUCAUGGAUUAAGCAGUCCCCUCACCUUAAAGCACGUAUGGAUAAAAAAUUGCUAUUAGCUUUCUUGCGGCGUUGCCAAUUUAGUAUGGAGGAAACAAAGAAACGUAUUGACGCUUUUUAUACAAUGAAAAUUCAUUGCAGAGAGUUCCUAUGCGAACGUGAAGUAACCAAAUCUUUAAUUCACUUAUAUAACACUGGUGUCUAUAUCAUACCGAUUAGACCAAGUAGUGCUAUUGGUCCGAGAAUAAUUAUUAUACCGCUUGUCAAGCAAGACCCGAAAUUCAUGAAUUUGAAUGAGAUUUUCAAAAUAUUUUUUAUGUUGUUGGAAGUUCUUGCCAUGGAGGAUGAUAAUGCAACUGUUGCUGGUAUAGUCUUCAUAUUUGAUAUACGUGAUAUAACCAUGGAACAGAUGCGAAAAUGUGAUCGCGCUUUGCUAAAGAAGAAUUGGUUAUUUGGUGAACGUUGUAUGCCUUUGAAAUUGAUUGAAAUCCAUUUAAUACAUAUGCGUCGGGAUACUUUUACGAUUUAUAAUAUAAUGUCUAAUUUUUUGUCUUGUAAGAAACAUUUCAAAGUUUUUAUGCAUAAAAAAGCUGAAGAUAUUUUUAGGUAUUUGCCACGUGAAGCUUUGCCUAUUGAAUAUGGUGGACAGAAUGGAUAUCAGGCAGAGGCAUUGGAAUAUUGGCGACACAAAUUGUUACAAUACACUGAUUACUUCGCCAAUGAUGACAAUUUUGGAACAAUUGAGAAGAACAGAAUUUGUUUAACUAAAAGAUUUGAACAUCGAGAUUUUUGUGGCUUAAAUGGUUCGUACAGGAAAUUGCAAGUCGAUUAA